AAUUUUAGAACGCUAUCCAGUGCACAAGAUGCUAUCAAGUGUAUCUAGUCGCGCGCACGCUCAGAAUCCAGUUGCAUCGGAAAUACUCAUGAAAUAGAAGCCGCGUAGCGUGGUUGACGAAUUUUCUGCCAAAUUUUGAGAACGUUGCGGUUGUUCAGGCUACAACGAUGGCUUCCGCCGGUAAAGCAACUCUUGAAGCUUUUAUAAAAAUGUCUGGCUCCGUUAGUAAACUGUAUAAGCGUCCAUUCACUGUAUGCGUUGAGGGCAAUAUAGGCAGUGGUAAAACAACAUUUCUAAGUCACUUCAAAAAAUUUGACAAUGUCACCGUAUUUGAAGAACCAGUUGAGCUUUGGCGUGAUGUGUCUGGAACAAAUCUACUGGAAUUAAUGUACAGUGAUCCAUCUCGUUAUGCUUUCUUGUUUCAAUCUUAUGUACAAUUGACCAUGCUACAAUUACAUACUUGUAAGAUACCCUCACCAUAUAAAAUUAUGGAGAGAUCUGUCUAUAGCACAAUGUGUUUCAUUGAGAAUUUAAAACGUAAAAAUGUACUGCAUAAGUCUGAAGUUACUGUCUUAGAAGACUGGUACGACUGGUGUUUAAAAAGUGCCAAUAUAGAAACUGAUUUAAUAGUAUAUCUGAGGACAACACCUGAGAUUGUGUACGACAGAAUGAAACAACGAGGUCGGAAGGAGGAGAAUGCAGUUUCAUUGGAAUAUUUAAAGCAAAUCCAUCAGAUCCAUGAUGACUGGCUUUACCAUCAAAUUCUGAAACCAGUACCAGCGCCGAUUAUAAUCAUAAAUGGUGAUCGAGAGCUCCAUGACAUGGUAGAGGAAUUUGAAAAGUGUAAAAAUGAAAUUUUCAGCAAAGUAAUAGAGGAUAACGAUGUAAAUAACACAAUGAUUACAGUACCGACAAAUUGCGUGCUACCAGAAAUUAAAACUGGAAUCUCAGAUUAAAAUAUAUAGAAUAAUAAAAAGCCAAAAAUAUGAUUUUAAUUUCUAUGGUUAAAAUUAAUUAUGUCAUGCAUUUACAUUGAUUAAUUUUUACAUACAAAAAAAAAUUUUGGACAUUGUGAUAUUAUAAUUUUACUGUUGCAUAUAUAUAUUUCUUUUCACAUUUUUGCAUAAUAGUAUAUAUUGUAUUUGAUUGAUAUAAAAUGUUUCGAUAAGAUUAUUUCACAACCACUACAGUGUUUAAAUUACAAAAUUAAUUUUGAAGUUGAUGCAUUUAAGUUAUUAAAAAGAUAUUCACAUUUGUGAUGCAACAUAUAUUUUAUUGAAUUAUUAUUGACGCUUUUAUUAGAAUUUUAAGAGUAAAUAUCUAUCUAAUGUGCAUUUAUAAUGUCUGCGUGUAUAACACUAGAUAUAAUUAACUUUUUAUUAAUGGACAAGUACAAAAUAAUAUAAAGUAAUUUCGCGUAUGCUUUAAUUAGGAAAUAUAAAUAUCUCAAAGAAAGAUGCACGUAGGACGCAAUAAAUAUAUGUACAAAAAACUUGAGAGUAUUAUGUGUAAAAAAGCGCAAGCGUAAAAAUUAUUAAAAAGAUUAUUGUUAAUGCUGAAUAUAUUAAAAAAUUCUUUUCUAUCUUUUUAAUGGCUGUUUCGUAAAAGUUAUAAGAACAUACUGAGAAUAAAUAUUAAUUUAUCUAAAAUAUAAAAAUUUUAAAGAACACAAAAAAUAUAAUCAUGGUAUAAUAACUUAAGAGAGAGAGAGAAGAAUAAUACGUUUAUAAUUAUUAUAUAUAUAAGUAUAUGCAUAUAUACAUGACGCGCUUUAAUUUUAUAUUUUCGAAUGUGUGUGUACUCGUUUGACUACAAAUGAAAUAAAUAAAUUAUGUAAUAUUCU